AUGGGGGCCGAAACCAAGGAUGCUGCCGAGGGCCACCUCCAGCAGCGCAUGUCCAGGCUGACCAUGGUGGCCAUGACAUUUGCCAUUCUCAAUACAUGGAUUGGCCUCGCCGGGUCGAUAGGUCUCGUCUUGCCCUCUGGCGGCUCAACAUGCCUGCUCUACGGCUUCAUAUUCUGCAUCAUGUGCAACUUUGCCCUGGGCGCCAGCCUGGGUGAGAUGGCCGCCAUCUGGCCCACGGCAGGAGGACAGUAUCACUUUGUCUAUGCGCUCUGCAGUGACAGAUAUAGGAGGGUCCUCAGCUUCUGGGUUGGCUGGGUCAACAUUGUGGGAUGGUUGACCCUGGUUACAGCCUCGUGCUUCUUUGCAUUUCUUCCUUUCUUCUCAUUCGAGUCGGUCGUCGUCGCAUCCAUCACAUCGGUAGCUGAUGCUCUUGAAGCGAAAUUCGUCGUUGCGGCUGCCAGCAUAGCAUCGGACGGUGCGUUUACCAUCCACGCAUGGGAGACGUACCUGAUUUACCUCGCUAUACUUAUGUUCGGGAUGUGCCUCAACAUCUGGGGAUAUUCAAUUCUCGGUCGGUGGAAUAACUGCGCGUUGUAUUGGUCUAUAGUGAGUGCCGUCGUCGUCGGCGUCGUCCUGCUGUCCACCUCGGAAAAGACAGACGCGCGGUACGUCUUCUCCGGCUUCGAAAACGAGACCGGCUGGCCGGAUGGCAUGUCCUGGAUGCUGGGCCUUCUGCAGCCAGCCCUGUCCCUCGGCGGCUUCGACGCCUGCCUGCACAUGACCGAGGAGAUGCCCAGGGCGUCUGUCGAUGCGCCUCGGGCUAUACUGUACGCGGUUGCCGUCGGCGGUAUCACCGGUAUCGCCUUCAUCAUCAUCAUACUCUUCUGCCUCGUCGACCCGGCCUCCAUCCUCAGCACCCAGACCGACAUGCCCAUCACAGAACUCCUCUAUCAGGCCACCGGGAGCCGGGUGGCUUCUGCUGUCCUCAGCCUUGUCUUUGCCGUGUGCUUCGUUAACGGGACCGUUGGGUGCCUGACGAGUUCCAGCCGACUGAUCUGGUCUAUGGCUCGUGAUGGGGGGAUUCUUCCUAGCUUCUCCCAUCUUUCACCCACCUUCAACGUCCCCGUCCGAGCUCUCGGCCUCUGCUUCGUCUUCAACGUCUGCUUCGGCCUCCUUUAUCUAGGUCCGACUGUUGCCUUUAGCGCCUAUUCGGCCAGCUGCACCAUCUUCCUCAACGUGUCCUACGUGUUUCCCGUCAUUGUCGUUCUGGUUAGAGGGAGACAUCUCAUCGAGCAGAAUCAGGUCGAUCCCGGUCUCUUGAGACUGGGCCGCUAUGGGUAUCUGCUCAACACCGUCGCCGCCGUCUAUGUCGUGUUUACAUCUGUUCUGUUUUGUUUUCCCACGACAGUUCCCGUCAGCGGCAACUCGAUGAACUUCGUCACCGCUGUUGUGGGCAUCUUUGUCAUAUGCUGCUCAGCGUUUUGGCUUGUGUACGGGAAGCAGUUCCAGGGUCCGGAGUUCAAUGCCAUCAUCGGUCACGAACCUGGUGUAUUGGAGGGCGCACCCGAUGCAGACGAUGCGGAGAUGGCAGAUCUCGCCAAGGCAGAUACAAAGAAGUAG